AUGCACCCACCCGGUUCGCAGGACCUCUCGAAGGAGGAGGCGUUCCUUCCUAAGCUCAUCGCGGACCUCAAAGAGCUGCCCGAGUACGGCAUCAAGACCCCCGAGCUCUACUCCCCGAACAUCGUCUUCACGGACCCGCUGAUGCGGAUCGACGGCCGGGCGUCGUACCUGUUUAACAUCCAGGCGCUCAUUCUGUUCUUCAAGUGCGACUUCAUCGUGCACUCGGGCUACGCGUCCGCGCCGAACGAGAUCACCACCAUCUGGACGAUGGACUUCAAGCUGGACCAGCUCCCGGUGGUGUCGGGGCCCAUGUCGGCCCUCGGGAUCAAGCCGUCCCCGAUCGUCAUCACGGGCAAGUCGACCUACACGCUCAACACCGAGUGCGACACGGUCGUGCUCCAGGCGGACGAGUGGGACUCGGUCGACAACCCCAACCCCAUGCCGUUUGAGGGCAUCCUGGACCUGGGCCGCCAGAUCGCCAGCUCAGUGCUGAGCACCACGCCCAGCCUCGAGACGCCGGACUACACCGUCCUGCGCCGCGCCCAGGAGUACGAGAUCCGCCAGUACAAGCCCUUCAUGGUGGCGGAGACGGAGAUGCAGGGCGGCAUCGAGGGCCUGUCGCGCGGCGGCGGCUUCAACACGCUCGCGAGCUACAUCUUCGGCGAGGGCAACGCCUCGAACACCAAGAUGGAGAUGACUACGCCCGUCUACACCACCCCGGGCGAGGGUGGCUCCGGCGGCACCAUGUCGUUCGUCAUCGAGGGCAAGUACGGCGACGACGAGGACGCGCUGCCGAAGCCCACGGACGCCGAGCGCGUCGUCGUGCGCCGCCAGGACAUGGGCCUGGUCGCAGCUGUUCGGUUCCCGGGCCUUCCGCUCGACUUCGAGGUGAAGGACAACGAGCGCAAGUUGCGCAAGGCGCUGGAGCGGGACGGAAUCAAGGCGUGGGACGGGUACCGCCUGGCGCAGUACAACGACCCGUUCACGCCGCCGUUCCUGAAGCGCAACGAGAUCCUGAUCAACCUGGACAGCUUCAGCUUCGAGCGGCCAGGGGCGGCACCGGCGCUGGAGGUGGUGACGCCCGCCGAGGAGGAGGUGGUGGCGGAGAGCGAGGUGACGGUCGUGGCGCCGGUCGUCGAGGACAGCGAGGCCAAGCAGUGA